AGGGCGGGCCGGGGCGGGCCCGGCAGCGGCGGAGGGGCGGAAGCAGCGGCAGGAUGGCGGGGCACGGUCCUGUGCCCUCGUCCUGCGACUGCUUCGUGGCCAUGCCGCCGCACACGGCGUCCCCCGCUGUCAUCUUCGGCAAGAACGCCGAUCGUCCCCGAGACGAGGUGCAGGAGAUCGUCUAUGUCCCCGCUGCCACCCACCGGCCUGGGGACAAAGUCCAGUGCACGUACCUGGAGAUCGAGCAGGCGGAGCGCACGCACGCCGUGGUGCUGAGCCGCCCCGCCUGGCUCUGGGGGGCCGAGAUGGGCGCCAACGACUGCGGGGUCUGCGUGGGCAACGAGGGCGUGUGGACCCGCGAGCCCCUGGGCGAGGCCGAGGCACUGCUGGGCAUGGACCUGGUGAGGCUGGGUUUGGAGCGGGGCGGCUCGGCCCGGGAGGCCCUGGAGGUGAUGACGGCGCUGCUGGAGCGCUACGGCCAAGGCGGGAGCUGCAAGGAGGAGCCGGUGCCCUUCGUGUACCACAACACCUUCCUGCUGGCCGACCGCGCCGAGGCCUGGCUGCUGGAGACGGCCGGGCGCUACUGGGCGGCGCAGCGCAUCCGCGAGGGCAGCCGCAACAUCUCCAACCAGCUGAGCAUCGGCAGCGAGAUCGCGGCCGAGCACGCGGGGCUGCGGGAGCGCGCGCGCAGCCGGGGCUGGUGGAGCGGCCGCGGCGAGUUCAGCUUCGCUCGCGCCUUCUCCCUGGAGAAGGAGCCCCCGCGCAUGGAGGCGGCCCGGGCACGGCUGCACGCCGGCAGGGAGCUGCUGCGGCAGCACGCAGGUCACAUCACGGCGGAGACGCUGAUGUCCAUCCUGCGGGACAAGGAGAGCGGCAUCUGCGUGGACGCCGAGGGGUUCCGCACGGCGGGCAGCAUGGUGUCCGUGCUGCCCCGCGACCCCGCCCUGCCCUGCGUGCACUUCUUCACCGCCACCCCCGACCCCUCCAGGUCUGUCUUCAAGCCCUUCGUGUUCGUGGCCGGAGUCAAGCCGGCGCCGCAGGUGAGAUCCCCGACCUUCCUGCAGGAUCCCGCCAAGCAGAUCCCGAGGUUCCAGAGCUCCGUGGAUCGGCGGCACGAGCUGUACCGCCGGCAUCAGGCGGCGCUGGAGCUCAUGGAGCGGGACCCGGUACCGCAGACCCCGCCAGAGCCCUCAGACCCCGCAGAGCCUGCAGAGCCCGCAGAGCUCUCAGACCCCACAGAGCUCUCAGACCCCACAGAGCUCUCAGACCCCACAGAGCUCUCAGAC